UGUGAUAAAGAACAUGUAACCUUUUUGCAACUUUAAAUUGUAUCUGAAUCAACAGUAGUGAGUGUAGUAGGUUAAGAAAAUUGAUUUAUUUAGUCUUUCAAAACAAUGUUUUCUGUCCAGUGCUGUCUCAGCACCUGCAGUGCUCCCCAGUGGCAUCCCAUGGAAUUAGAAUAGAGCUCCUUUCAUUGUAUGCCAUGCCUGUUAGCUGGGCAGCUAUGGAAGUGAAGGGAGAAUACACUGAAAUUCCAGUAUAGCUGGCAAAUUAAUAAGAUGUAACAAAUCCUACUGAAUUUUGGACCAGGAAGAAUAUAUUUAAGUUUUUUCCAGUAUGCGUAAGAUGGACGCCCUGACCAAAGUACACAGUCGUUUGAUUGGUACAAGCUGAUAUGGGGAUCCAGGCACAACUGUAGAAAAUGAGGAAGAGAGAGAUCCAGUUAAUAAGUAAUUCCUGGCCAUAAUGCAGGUUUGAACAAACAGUACAGUCUUGCAACAGUAAGGACAGUAUCUCAGCCUAAACACUCUCCAGCGCAUUACUUCUUCCUCUCACCAAGAAGAAAAUGAAAAACAAGACGAGCUUUCUUCAGCAAGGAGGAGAAGCAUGUCCGGAUAGAAGGUGUCCGGAUAACAGUGCGUUCAGACAACAGAGACUACCAGCUUGGAAGCCCCAGCUUACCAUCGCAGCUGUGCUCUCCACCUUCUUUCUCACAGGCAUGUUCUGCCUCUCUGUGGGAGUCUGCCUCAUAUUGUCUGCAAACAGCAUCAGAGAAAUCCAGAUUGAUUAUUCAGAUAAAUGCUCAGAUUGUUUAAAACUUCGUGAAAAUUCAUCUAACUGGAAUAAGGAAUGCCCCUGUUCUGUUAAUUUCACACUAAAGGAAGAUAUAUUGGGUGAUGUUUUUAUGUACUGUGGGCUCCAAAACUUCUACCAAAAUCACUGUCGAUAUGUGAUAUCAAGAAGUGAUGCACAGUUGUUGGGUCGAAAUGUAAAUAUUGAGAAUAGUUACUGCGUGCUCUUGACAACCUACCCAAAUGGGAUGCCCAUGGCCCCAUGCGGCGCUAUUGCCAACAGCAUGUUCAAUGAUACUCUUGAUCUUUUUUACAGUCUUAACUCAUCUGUUAUUCAAGUACCGCUGUUGAAGCCUGGAAACAGCUGGUGGACAGAUAAAAAUGUGAAAUUUCGCAAUCCAAAAUCAUACAAUCUCUCUUCUGCAUUUGCAGGGACAUCAAGACCUCCUUACUGGCAGAAGCCAGUAUAUUUGUUAGACGAGGAAGAUGAAAAGAACAACGGUUAUGUAAAUGACGACUUCAUUAUCUGGAUGCGAGUGUCAGCCUUUGCUACCUUCAGAAAUCUUUACCGUCGUGUCAGACGGAUAAGGCAGUUUGCAGAUGGCCUCCCAGCAGGGAAUUACACUUUUUGUAUUUCUUACAAUUUCCCUGUUACCAAAUUCAAGGCAAGGAAGCAUGUGAUUCUUUCAACUGUGGUAUGGAGUGGAGGAAGUAACCCAUUCCUGGGAAUUGCCUAUGUGGUUUCUGGCACAGCAGCAACCCUGGCAGGUUUUGUCAUAACUGCUAUCCACUUAAAGCUCAGAAAAAGGAAAACAUACUUUCAGAAGUAAUAAGGUUCCCUAGCUUUCUGAACAAAGGCAAAGGUGUGCUGUGAGAGAGGAACAUGCAGCACCGACCUUUCAUUCUUUCCCCUGAGCACUGGAUCUCUUUCAAUAACAGGUUUAGUGAACAUUAGGCAAAUUGAGGGCUAUUCCAUCAUCCAGAACCAAACUUACCUGAGGCUGCAUUCUUAUUGUAAUCUAUGUGUGCUCCUAGGAAACUGGUAGUGAGAUGGACUUCAGUCAACAGAUAGUAUAGUGGGUUGAAAUUGCAAUGGCAAAGAAAUGGGGUACUAAUGUCUGGAUAGAAGUAAGGGUCUGUAUUUAUUUCUUACUCAGCCCUUAAUUCAGAAAGUAUUUCUCUUGACUUAAAUGGAGCUUUGAAUGGGUAAAAAGUGUGGUCUUGAUACAACAAAAAGCUUGAGCAGGUAGAACUCGGUGCUAAAAUCUGUUUGUUGGCCACAGGUGGACUGACUGGCUUGGCUUAGGUUUUAUAUACCUUUUUCAGCUAUCCUGAAAAAGCAACCAGUUUAGCACAGCAUAUUCAUCACAGUUUGAUACCUGAGUUAUGAUUGAAUAUAGGACAUUUUUUAGGCAUUUCAAGUUUGUUUAAACCCAAUUUAUCGGUUUUACCUAGAUAUUGAGACUAACUUGCAAAGCUAGAGGGCAUCAAAACACUGACUUACAAUUUUAAUUAUGAUUUAAUGGGAAGUUUAAAUUAAAAUCUCCUUUAAUACUAAAUAUUUUAACAGAAACAUCUACCUAAUAUAACACCUAGGCCAUGGUUGCAGUCCUACCUACUCAACCCUUCCACACGAAAGUUCAGACUCUUAUGUAUCCUUUUCCCUUUCAUGCCCCCAUUUCUGUUGGUGCAGUGACUUACUGUCAACAGAAAACAAAGCAUCAGAAGAUCUGACAAUAUUCAGAAAGUAAACACUGCUGCUCAUAAUAGGCUUACAGGUUUUCUUGUUUCAUGGUCAAAAUGUUACACAUUUAGGAGUUAUUUCCAGUCUCUCACAAAAUGUAGAAACAGCACUGAAGCGUUCAGGUCAAGUAUACUGUGGUACGUCUGAUUUUUUUUUUUUAAAUAAUAUGUCUGUUGCAAAAGUGCAAAUGGAAUAAAAACUUUAAAUUU